UGCAUAUGGAGUGUGGGUUGUGGGUAUUCCGUUAGAAAGCCCGGGUUACAAUCUCCCGUGGAUUUUCGAUAAUCGAAACCCCUUUUUUCUCUCACUCCGUUCCUCACAGACUACAAUCUCCCAUGGAAUUUUCGAUAAUCAAUCAUUACUUGUACCAGAAAUCGCUCCUGAGGAUACCUUAAAUCUGUGUAUGUAUGAAUGCAAACCUUUCACGCGUGUCUCCAAAUUUCACAGAUUGUUCAUUGGAAGUGGGAAGGAAUCCUCCUCAGAGCUACAUAAACAGAUAAACUCCUGUUCUCUUUCCAAAAAACUUGUUCCAGAAGUUCAAAGAAAGCCAUGUAUGGCAGAACAGGUCUUGAACGUUUCAAAAAGGCACAAACUUUACAACCCUUUUCUGUAGCAAAUUCAACACAUAAACCAACUACACAAUUACAUUCCCAUUCUGAUAUUCACAAUCACCAAACCCAGAACCAAAAUCACCAACAAGUUUCUCAAAAAUCUGCAAACAAUGAUGCAGAGCAGAUUGCCACCACUCCACAGCACGUAACACAAGUUGGAGGUGGACAAUCCACUUGGCAACCUCCCGAUUGGGCUAUUGAACCUCGCUCUGGUGUUUACUACCUUGAUGUUUUAAAAGAUGGUGAAGUUCUUGACAGGAUAAAUCUUGAUAAAAGAAGACACAUUUUUGGGAGACAGCUUCACACAUGUGAUUUUGUUCUUGAUCAUCAAUCAGUCUCCCGCCAACAUGCUGCUGUUGUCCCUCAUAAAAAUGGAAGUGUGUAUGUAAUUGAUCUAGGAUCUGCACAUGGCACAUUUGUUGCAAAUGAACGAUUGACAAAAGAAUCUCCUGUUGAACUCGAGGUGGGACAAUCUUUACGCUUUGCUGCUUCAACUAGGGUUUAUAUCUUGAAAAAAGACAAUAAAGCUCUUUUCCCUCCUCCAUUACCUACAGAAGUUAGCCUCCCCCCACCCCCUAAUCCUUCAGAUGAAGAAGCUGUAUUAGCUUACAACACAUUUGUAAACCGUUACAAUCUGUCUAAAUCUGAAGUAGUAUCUACAUCUGUCAGUCGAGAAACAGAAAGAGAAAGACCUGUCAAGAGAACCAAAAGGGCAAAAGUGUCAUUUAGAGAUCAAGUUGGGGGUGAGCUUGUUGAAGUUGUGGGUGUGUCUGAUGGUGUAGAUGUGGAAACAGAGCCAGGUCCAAUGGGUGUUAAAGAAGGUAGUAGUCUUGUUGGGAAGUAUGAAUCACUUGUACAAACAACAAUAAUACCUAAAGGGAAGGAAUCUUUAUCCAUAAAAGAAGUUAGUGUUAAUGUUUCCUCAAAAGGUGUUACUGAUAAAUUACAAGAAGUGUUGAAUAAAGUUAAAGCUCCUCCAAAAGGUGGGAUUUAUGAUGAUCUUUAUGGAGAAUCACUCUCUAGCAAAGUGGGUUCUUCCUGGGCAUAUUCUUCUGGAAUUAAAGAUGAUGAAAAUAAGGCUCCUGCUCCUGGUGCUGUAACUGUAAAGGGUAAUAUUGGAAAUGAUGAUAGUGAUGAUGAUCUGUUCGGGUAGCUAAGAUAAGUAGAUGAAGCUUUUGGAUGGUUACAAUCUAUUUUGCAAAAAUACACAGGUACUUAGCCCUAUUGUGAAUUGACAUUUGUAUUUUAAUGUACUACAUUAUUAUUUUUGUACUGGACCUGGAAUUUGAUUACUACCCUUGGAUGUGGGUUUGAAUCUUUCUUGUUGAGAUGAAAUGAAAAAAGAUAGACGUUUGGUAGCUCAAACAA